GAGGAGGGGAACGUGAGGAAUGGCUGAAAACUGACGGUGAUCUCCUGCGAGGAAACAAACCAGGGCAGCUAAUGAUUGUCCGGGUAUGUUUAACUGAAGAUUUCACUGUCACCAGAUCAGCCUCUUAGCGACGCGUUAACAGGCGCCGCUCGUUCGUUUUCUUUUUUCCCCGGGAGGUGGUUAUUUAAUGGGACAACGAAAACGCAAAAAACGCAAGGUAGGCUACCGCUCCUGUCGCCAGCACUGCUACUUUAUUUUCAUGGACUAAUACGACACAUACACACAGGGGGCUGAGAAAUGUUUAACAGCAAGGUAAAUCGCUCGUCUUCGAAGACAGUGUUUCGUUUCUAACUCUAACCAGACGUUAGCGUGGAUAUUUUUUUGGUCGGGCUCGUUAAUGUAUGAAGUGUUCGAACGUUAUAUUUUGUUUUGAAAAGCGUCGGUUAGGGCUUCAUCUCUUCAUGCCUCAGCCGACCAAACCACAUGAGAAGUCGACGUCCGGAAUAGAUUAAUACCGCAAACAAAGCCUCCCCUGCCCGCCUUUUUGUAUCGCUUUCACCUGAACCGACGAGGAGAAAAAUGCGUGUGGAUUUGUUUUGGAUAUGUUUGUGGUGUUUCCUUCGUCCUGGUGCCGCCGGUCAAGGGCAGUCGACGGCCGUUUGUUCGCCCUCAUGCAGCUGCGAUGAAGAUGGAGGUGCAGACUGCUCCGGGAGAGGACUGACCACCGUCCCAACCGGGCUCAGUGCUUUCACCUACUACCUUGACCUGAGCAUGAACAACAUCACUGAGCUUCCAGCAUAUGUAUUUAAGAACUUCCCCUAUCUGGAAGAACUACGAAUUGCGGGUAACGACCUGUCAUACAUCCAUCCUGAAGCCCUGUCUGGACUGCAUCAGCUCAAAGUCCUGAUGCUCCAGAAUAAUCAGCUGAAGACUGUGCCCAGUGCAGCCCUGAAGAACCUUCAUUCUCUCCAGUCUCUUCGCAUGGAUGCGAACCAUAUCACCACAGUUCCAGACGACAGCUUUGAAGGCCUUCAGCAGCUGCGCCACCUGUGGUUGGAUGAUAACAAUCUGACGUCGGUCCCCAUCGGUUCUCUGAGACACCAGGCGAACCUUCAGGCUCUAACGUUGGCUCUCAACCGCAUCUCAUACAUACCAGACAGUGCCUUUGCAAACCUCACCAGUCUGGUUGUGCUGCAUCUUCAUAACAACAGAAUUAAAGAGAUAGGAGACAACUGUUUUGCUGGACUCUUGAACCUGGAGACACUAGAUCUGAACUUCAACAACCUGAUGGUUUUUCCCAGAGCAAUAGAGGCCCUGCCCAAACUGAAGGAACUCGGGUUUCACAGCAACGAUAUUGCUUCCAUACCUGAAGGGGCCUUCCAUAACAACCCCCUGCUGCGAACCAUACAUCUUUAUGACAACCCUCUGUCCUUCGUGGGUGCUUCGGCUUUCCAGAACCUGUCCGACCUGCACUCCUUAAUGUUGCGUGGGGCCAGUAUGAUGCAGGACUUUCCCAUCCUUACAUGGACUAAUAACCUUGAGAGUCUGACCCUGUCAGGAACCAAGAUAUCAUCCAUCCCCACUGAUCUGUGUGAGGAUCUCAAGUUGCUCCGGACGCUGGACCUGUCCUACAAUGAGAUCAAGGGGUUACCAUCCCUCCAGGGCUGUAUCCGACUGCAGGAGAUAAGCUUUCAGCACAACCAUAUUCAACAGAUUGAAAGGGACACUUUCCAAGGCCUCUCUGCUCUCCGUUUACUUGACCUGAGCAGAAAUGAAAUCCGAGUUAUCCACCGUGACGCUUUCCUCACCCUCACUGCACUCACCAACCUAGAUCUGAGUAUGAACUCUCUGACUGUGAUUCCAACAACUGGACUGAGCGCCCUCAGUCAGCUAAAACUCUCAGGGAACCCGCAGAUGAAAAAUGUGCUGACUGCAAAAAACCUACCCAAACUCAGGUCCAUCUCUGUCCCUUACGCCUACCAGUGCUGCGCAUUUGUUGGAUGUGACUCGUUGACAAGUUCUUCUGAGGAAAAUGACGUAAAGAAAUCUACAGGGGGGGAGGAUGUGGAAAGAAUCUCAAUGAUUAUGCACUGUUCUCCUUCACCAGGAGCUUUCAAGCCUUGUGAGCACCUCCUGGGUAACUGGAUGAUUCGUCUGACAGUCUGGUUCAUCUGCCUGGUGUCUCUGGUCUUUAACAGCCUGGUGCUGGUGGCCACUUUUUCACCCACACAACGAACCACAGGCCAUUCCCACUCACUGACUCCGUCUCUCUCUCCGGUGAGGCUGCUGAUGGGGCUGCUGGCCCUGGCCAAUCUUCUCACAGGCUUAUAUGUAGGUGUGCUGACCGUGCUCGACAUUGCUACCUGGGGCGCCUUCGCAGAGUUUGGUGUGUGGUGGGAGAUGGGGCCUGGCUGUCAGGUCACGGGAGCUCUGGCCGUCUUCUCGUCAGAGUGGGCAGUCUUGUUGCUGUCACUCGCAGCCGUGGAGCGCAGCGUGGCCGUGCGGACGAUUCUCGGGAAAGUAAUGAUGUCACCAAGGAGGAGCGCCAGCAGCCAUCGCGGGUGCUGGAGAGGAGACCGACGCUUCAGCCUGGCUGCAGGACUGCUCGGGCUGCUGGCUGCUGCUGGAGCCUGCCUGCCUCUCCUGACCUCCAACGGGCAGUCGGCCUCUCCUCUCUGCCUCCCCUUUGCCGGUGGUGAGAGUCCAGCUCUGAGUGUUACAGUGGUUCUGGUGCUUCUCAACGCGCUGGCCUACCUGUUCACUGCAGCUGUGUACACCCAGCUGUACUGCCACCUUGGCAGGGUGGAGCUGGCUGAUCCAGAACAGACCGGUGCCCUGCGACACGUAGCCUGGCUCAUCUUCACCAACUGCAUCUUCUUCUGCCCUGUGGCAGCUUUCUCCUUCGCCCCUCUCUUGACUGGUUCUACAGCCGGCGGGCCAGAGAUCGCCAAGUCUGUCACCCUCAUUUUCUUCCCACUGCCUGCGUGCCUGAACCCAGUGUUAUAUGUGUUCUUCAGCCCGGCUUUCAGGGAGGACUGGCUGAGAUUACGCGGCCGCAGAGGUUUGACCAGGGAGGUGAAGUCUGGUACUGAAAGUCACGGAGACGAUGGUGGCGGAGGGUCGGAGCUCACAGAUGGAAGCUCCUCCACCCACCUGGGCUUUGACUGUGGGGUUUACUCACAGCUUUGUGGAGAGACAGCUGUAUGCGAGCAGUGCGAGGCAGCGCUGCAUGCCAGGACCUGCUCUUCCCCCUCGUCCUCCACAGUUUGUAGACACUUGGUGAAGUCUCACAGCUGUCCCACCCUCCUGGCGGGAGCUGCAGUGUGCCAGCGCACCGAGGGGUUUUGGGCAGACAGCGGCACGCCCUCCGCUCAGUCUGAGUACGCCGACGAGGGGGACUCGUUUGUGUCGGACAGCUCAGACCAGGUUCAGGCCUGCGGCAGAGCCUGCUUCUGUCAGACCAGAGGCCUUCCUCUUGUACACUACUCAUACAACAUACCUCGAGUCAAAGACUAAGGACGCUUCAAAUCUCCACUAUGUGCACAGAUCUCUCUGUCAUGUGAAUUUAGAUGCUAAAAGAAUACGUAAACCUUUUUAUAUCAAACAACAAAAUGUGCCAACUACCCUGUUAAAAGACUGUUCAGCAAGCACUUAUGUAAACAGAGAUGCAGCCAAUCAUUUAAAGGGAACUUGGAACUUAGAGGCCAUUUCUAAGUGAGCUGAACUGAGUACAUCAUGUUACAAACUGGUCGACAAAGGAUCUUGCAAAGGAAAAUCUUGCCACCAGUGCCUUCCUCUUGGAUAUCAUGAUGUUGCGAGUCUCAAUUUGUGUCAAAGAUUUUGUGAUUUCUCUGUUUUACCUGUACUUCUAAGCUUUUUAAAUUUUAAUUGUUAUACAUCUUGUCAAUUUUUAAAGCUUCUCCACAGCAACUGUUGAUUUUUAUACUUUGAUUUUUUUUUUUUUUCUUAAAUAUAAAUGUAGCAAAUGUAAUAAUCAUCCUAGAUGUUUUCUGUUUGAAUGUAACUUUCAGGCGGUCUUCACCCACCAGAAAAUAAUGUAACUUCAGCAAUAAUUUGUCCCCUACCUGCCUGUCAUCGUACUCUAGUGAAUGGUAAAUGCCAGUCUAUAAUAAACAUUUCUUUGCUUUAAGUUACUAAGACUAAGAAUGUGAUAAAAGUAGCAGAUAUCACUGUUUUAGCAACAACUAUGCUUGGCGGUUUCGAAAGAUGUUAUUUAUUGUUUGAGCAGCAGGAGUGUCUGGGUGGAGACGAUUUCAGGCGGCCUUUGGAUGAUGAAUAUACAAUAGAACCCCAGCAAAACAGCAGCACAACUGUUUUUUUUUUUAAUUCUUCACAAAAAACAAAUACAUGCAUACAGGUUUAGGUCAUUAUUUUCAUUAGUCUGAAGGAUAAUUGCUGUUAUUUUUAAAUCUGGGCCUUGUUUUCUGAGUUUUCUCCAUCAUGCUCUUUGACUUGCCUGAAAUUUUUUUUUUAAAGUGCAGAGCUACAACAAACAUCAUAAAACAUUUCCUUUUUCAGUAAAGUAAUACCUGCUUCUGUGAUGUUCAGAUGAUUUUUGGCUGACAAGACAAUUGUUGACUGACAGUGUUUAAUAAGUUCAAUAAGCAUAAAAUGUUUAAAAUUAGUGUCCUGUCCUGAUUAGCACCACUGAUCAUAUAUUUGUGAACAGCUAGCCUGUUUAAUUUAUUCAAAACAAGACAUAGUAAAUAGUGAUCUUUAGAUAAGUCCAAAAAUCUAAAUCACCUGUAUUUACACUAUUCUCUAGUGACAUCUGACAUACGUUUGUUUUGAUUUAAAACCCAUUUUUAAACAUAAUUGACUUUUGUGCAACAAAUUAAACACAUGAAUACCGUCCAAGUUACACACGUGAAUGUAAUCCCACUCUCCCACUUCCUCCAACUUGACGAGAACGCAGCACGAGCCUGGCAGCCAGCUGAGUCAACAAGAAAGUAUAUGAGCAGUGCCAAAAAGUUUGAAAUGAACUAUUAUUACUGAAAUGUGGGUAAUUAUUAUUCAACCACAGAUAUUUAAAGACAAGUAUCUGCAGUGUUUUUGCAUUUAGUUAAUUUUUUUUGGUGUUUGUGUGCAGUCUGUGUACCUGUUGUACUGUUUGUUGACGGAACUGGCUGUGGUUUGAUCAGAAAAAAAUGAGCAUGAUGGAACAAAAGUAGGAAAAUAAGGCCUGUGUUGAUAACAAGGAAUUACCUUUAAAGAAGUUCACUAUCUCCAUUGUCUUUGCAAUCCAGUCACAUUAUCAGUGAGUUACUCAGACACUUGCUGUUAAGUCUGCAUUGUCCAGUUUUAUUGUAUAGGUCAUCAGAAGAGCACUAAUAUACUGUACAGCAUAUAAAUGUAGAUGUCUUUUGCCCUGAGAGCUGACCUGAGUGAUACUGUGAGUGACGAGGGAUUGACUGAUGUUUGGUGUGCUGGAGCAUGACUGUACACAUUAAGGCAGAUACACCCUCGGAGCGUGUAUCCACAAGUGCGUGUCAUGUGAGUGCUCAGGAAUUUAGGCAAUGUAGGGAAGUAUUUUCCUCCACCAACAAGACGUACUUGUGCCCUUAUAAUGCACCAUUUAAUUGUAAUCUUUUGGGUUUAUCUUCUGUUUUCAUGUAGUCUCGACUGGGUGUGUCAAUUCUUGCACCAACCAAAAUGUCCGUUGAUUGUUUGAGAUGUCUGAUGGCCCACCUGGUGAAAAUGUACAAAUCUUUUAGUAGUUUGGUUAUCAGUUUUUGUAUUUGUUUGUAAAUUAUUUGAAAAAGAAAACAAGUAAUCAAGAAUGGGAUGCUAAAACAAGGAAGCUACCUCCUCAACUGUAGUGGCUACCAGCAGUGCUUUGUAAAAGAAUAGUCUGUUUUCAUUUGUUGUUACUCUUUGUUUGCAUUCUUGGCUUCAUGUUGACACGUGUUUGUACAUCAUCUUUUUAGUUAAGUGCAAAUUGUGGGAGGAAUCUAUGUACUGUAUACUGUGAUUUUUUUUUUUUUAAUCAAACUAUAAACUAUGAAAUUUCUUUAUUUUAUCUUUUAUAGAUACAAACUUGCAGAAUAAUACAGAUUAUGAAAAAUAUCUCACUUAAUUUCAAUUCAAAUUAAAUCUUAUUUGUAGUUUUUCAUGAGAUCUCCCCCAAGUUGUUUUUUUUAUUCUGUUCAAGUAGAAAAAUAAUUCUAUAAAUUAUGUAUGAAUAAAAUUAGAAGAACACAACCAUUUUACUUACCUUUUUGUUAAGUUGAAAACACUGCAGUGAAAUUUGUCUUCAUCAGAUGUUAUAUCUAAAAUUAUUGUACUCUUAACCUUGUUAAAGCUUGUCGUCAUAUCACACCUUCCUUGCUAACGCAGCUUUGCCAGUUUUAACACAUUGAUUUUUGGGCCUGGAGAUAAUAUGCAAAAUUCUGUUCUCUGCAUUGUGUCACAGAAAGGUCAGAUC